GACCAAACUUCUCUAACCUAAAACACCACCACCACCACCACCACCACCACCAUCCUUGUCUGACCCAUCAAACUCCGCCCAGCCGCCAGAGCACUCACAAGAUGAACAAUCAGACUUAUUACGAGCUCUACCGUCGUUCUAGGUACUCUACGAUUCCCCAUCGCCACUGCCCCAGCCCUACCCCUCGCUUCUGCUGCUGCUGCUGCCACUAUCGCUAGCUAACGAGGCAUGCGCCUUAGUAUUGGAACGGCCCUCACGGAUGCGCUCGAUGAUUUGAUCAGCGAGGGGCGUAUCGCUCCGCAGCUCGCCAUGAAGAUUCUGUCCAACUUCGACCGCUGUAUCACCGAGAUUCUCGCUGACAGGGUUAAGGCCAACUUGACUUUCAAGGUUUAUUUCCUUUCCCACCCGGCCCAUUCUCAUAGGAGCAAACGAAACAAGGGAGGCGAGGCAAUGGGCUAACCGCUACGGGUUUGCCUGCGUCUGCGUGUGUUUUUUAGGGCCACCUGGACACCUAUCGUUUCUGUGACGAGGUCUGGACCUUCUUGAUCAAGGACGUUACUUUCAAGUUCCAGCAAGGGCAAGGACAAAAUUCGAGCGUUUCCGCGGACAAGGUCAAAAUUGUCUCCUGCAAUUCGAAGAAGCCCGGCGAGCAGUAAAGGGUGGAACGUAUACUCGAGUAGAUGGAUGGAUAAAUCGCUGGCCGAGGGGGGGCUGGAAUAGAUGAGGAGGAAGGGAGGCGGGAUAUGGGUAGCUCACGGAAAGCGGAAAAAAAAAGGGGGGGGGAGAGAAGGGAUCAUCGGGCGAUAAUGAGCUUUUCUUUUUAUCUUUGUGGAUAUUCUCGGUCUCCUUACGGCGUUUGUAUUGGUUUCUUACUUCAUACUUGCUAUACACAGUAGUUUCAGAAAUAAACGGCAUUAACCAUUAACCAUAUUAGAGCUUUCAUAGCUCUUCCCCGUUGACAUAUUUGAAGUAUGAUACCAGUGCUCGAGUACGAGGAGCUAUAACUUCUCUCCAGCCCUCCGCCAAAUUACUCAUCUACAAGUUGAACUUCCUCCUCGGCUAUUCCAUAACCCCC